ACUUUUUGAGACAUUUUGUUUAGUGGCGUGCCGUUUUUUAAUGGGGGAAAAAAAAGUGCCUCGGCUCAAUAAAGGUUGACAAACACUUAAUUGUUAUGAUCGCGCAUUAAAUAUGCAACCAGUAUAUUUGACGAGAUGCCCCGCCCGAGAAGAGACUCCGGCGCGGCGUCGCUUCCGAAGAAUGAAACGUACCUUUGGCCACUUGGACGAGGGCGGCGCUGGUGGUGGCCAAGCAAGCAGCAAGGCCUCGCUUUUGUGCUCGUGCAGAGAGAAGAUGGCUCCCGUUUUGGAGAAGCAACUCCCGGGCGUAGCCGGGGCGGCAGGCGACAACAUCAACGACGAGGAAGAAGGGCUAGACCUUUGGACCUCAAUACUGAGUGAUGUGUCUACACGUUCAAGUUCAAAAUUGCCAUCAGGAAAAAACAUUCUGGUAUUUGGGGAGGAUGGAUCAGGAAAAACUACACUCAUGUCCAAACUUCAAGGGGCUGAACACAACAAGAAAGGAAGAGGACUGGAAUAUCAAUACUUAAAUGUCCACGAUGAAGACAGAGAUGACCUUACACAAUGUAAUGUGUGGAUCCUGGAUGGGGACCUGUACCACAAAGGCCUGCUCAAGUUUGCCGUUUCCGCUCAGUCACUAGCUAAUUGCUUAGCCGUGUUUGUUGCGGAUAUGUCGCGGCCCUGGACCAUUAUGGAGUCACUGCAGAAGUGGGCCAGUGUGCUACGUGACCAUGUGGACAAACUGAAGAUUACUCCCGAGGACAUGAGACAAAUGGAGCUCAAGAUGGUGAAAGCGUUCCAGGAGUAUGCAGAACCGGAGGAUGCCACCCCUGCCUCGCCGCAGAGACGGGCACUGGCGGCAGGGGAAGAUGAGGCUGUUGUGUUACCACUUGGGGACAACACACUCAUGCACAACCUAGGCAUUCCAGUGCUAAUAGUUUGCACAAAGUGUGACUCAGUCAGUGUAUUGGAGAAGGAGCAUGACUACAGAGAAGAGCACUUUGAUUUCAUCCAGUCCCACAUUAGGCAAUUUUGCUUACAAUAUGGAGCUGGUCUAAUCUACACCUCAGCCAAAGAGGAAAAGAAUCUCGGUCUGCUUUAUAAAUAUAUUGUACAUAAAUUGUAUGAUUUUCACUUUAGCAAUCCUGCCCUUGUAGUGGAGAAGGAUGCAGUGUUCAUUCCAUCAGGGUGGGAUAAUGACAAGAAAAUCUGCAUUUUGCAUGAAAACCUAACAACAGUCAGACCUGAAGAUCCAUUCGAAGAUUUUAUCACUAAACCUCCAGUUCGAAAGCUGGUGCAUGACAAGGAGAUAAAUGCUGAGGAUGAGCAGGUAUUCCUGAUGAAACAACAGUCUUUGUUAGCAAAGCAGCCAGCCACACCGACAAGAGGAGCUACCGAAUCUCCAGGACGGACAGCAUCAGGUUCUCCCAGGCCUGCAGGACGACCUGGCCAGCCCACUUUGACCAGUGGUUCUCCAAUGGCUGCUGUCAAAAAGCCUGAUGCCAACAUGAAAGCUGGGGCUGCCAGUGAGGGCGUAUUGGCCAACUUCUUCAACAGUCUGUUGAGUAAAAAGACGGGAUCCCCAGGGAGCCCUGGAAGUGGAGCUGGGGUGCAAGGCCCUGCAAAAAAAACAGGGCAGAAGCCGGGUUUGACUGACGUCCAGGCUGAAUUGGACCGAAUGACACGCAAACAGGACCCCGUGGUUUCAGCCAACAACAUACCGCCGCAGACUGAGAAUGAAGCAUGAAGUCCACAAAAAGAGCUGCAUUGUUCACCACGCUAAUAAUGGAAAUUCAAAUGUACAUGCCACCAUAAACAAUUGACCAAAUACUCAACGUCUAUGUCAGAACACAGAGCAGGUUUCACCAAAACCCGUUUGGGACACUACGGAUGUUUUGGUGUUCUGGUGCAAGAGAUGGUAAAGAAAGUGUUAACAAGAUGAUAGUGCGGAAGAGUCCUCUCCACUUUCAGUGUUAUUCGCCAAGGUUGUCUGUGGAGAAAUAUAUGGAAAUGUGCACACCCACACUGGCAGCGAGCCUGAUACACUGGCCUGUAGGCCUCCCAGUAGCUGAGGUAUAUUUAAAAAGAAAGGAGGGGGGAAAAAAACACUCCUCAGUGGGUUUAAAAGCGAAAACACACUGGCCUUCGCUCAGCCUAUCUCACGGAAAGAAUUGGAUUGGAAUUUAAAAGUUAUUUAAACUUUUGUAUUUGUAAUUAAACUUAAUUCAGAUGUUUGCAAACAAAAUGUUGGGGUUAUUGCCGAUGUAUUUAUACAAAGUUCCUCCUUUUUAUUUGUGUGCACACCAUUUAAUUGUUAAAGGAAAUGGUCUUCUACACACGGCAUGUUCAAAUGCUAUUGAUAGCAUGAAAUAAAUGUGACAAAAUCUGGAUAGCUGAUAGCAUAAUCUUAUCGCCCUAAUCAUAUCGAAGGAUUCUGUAAAUAGGUACCAGGGAAAAUCUCUUCAGGUUUUAUUUUCUGUAUAUACCAUUCAGUUCCAAAUCCUGGCGAUUGCCUCUUUGACUAACAAAGUUGGCAUUUGACAAGGCUUUGAGGCUCCAACAGAACAUUUUCUUUAGCGACAGGUGUGUAUAAUUUGGAAGAGGGUUGGGCAGCAUCUUUCCUACUAUAACUCCCAAAAGUGCCUCAUACACUAGCUGUUCAUGCAACAGCCGAGUCGCUUUUCUAUGUGAGAGGAAUUGCACUGUAGAGCACCGGUUGAAAGGUUUUAGUCCAUUUCUUGUCAUCCAAAUAAUUUAUUUCUAUUUACGUUUUUGUUCAUGUAGAUCAAGCCUGUGGUUAUUUUGUUUUUCGGAAAAUAAAAAGUUUGUGACCUCGUUGAGGUUUCAAAGAUAAAAUGAUCUAAUACAUUCAAAUGAAAACGCUGAACUUGCAUGUAACCCAGACUUUUCAGAGCCAGAACACAAUUAUUUGCUGUGGUUUGAAACAAAAUAGGAUCCCUUCCAAUUCAGUGUUCCAACAUCACCCUACUGUCUUCCCUUCUUCACAAUGUUGUAUACACAUCGUUCUCCGUUCUCAGAGAAAACAUUCCGUUUCUACAAAAGGACUAGAUGAAUCACUGCCCUUUUUGUUUAGUCUCCCCUUCAGUGCCCUAAAAUGACCUUUGCCUUCAAACUACACCCUGCCUUCCCAGCAUCACUCUACAGUGCUAACUGCGUUUUACCUCCUCAAAUCAUCUGUCAUAUUUGUUGGUUUAAUGACAGCAACUUAAUUUUCAGUCACUUUUGCACAAGACUUGGUAAAUCUGAAGAAAACAGCUGCUUGUUUAAAGGUCCCAUAUUUGGGCUAAUUAGCCCUCCAUAGAGUGACCCUCGAACACGGACUUAGUAGGAAAGUGUCAAUUUCAUUUAAAAAAACACCUGGAGUUUGUCACAAGAGUGUCCAGAAAAGAUCCCUCUGACAGCUACUUUCGUUUGACCCAGUUUUGGAUUUGCUUUGUUAAUUUUUGGCUAAGACCAUCCACUUUCCUCUGAUUGGUUGCCUCUGUGUAGAAGACCCACUUGUAAGAGAACAGUGUUAAGUUGACAGCGCUGGCUCCGGAGCGGAAAAGGAAGGCAGAGCUCUUCACUAGUGACGUAGAAAAGCUCGAGAAAUUGACAUGAUUUUAGGCCCUCAGCAAAAAAGAAAAUAACACCAGGAAUUCAGGAAUGCGUGGAUGAUUUUAAUUAAUAUUUCACGUUUACUGAAGCACCAUAGAGACGAUGUUACGUCCAAAAUACUAGAAAAGGUCGGUUUGGUAAAAUACAGGACCUUUACAGAAGACUAACAGCGAAAGGACACAAUAAGACGCAACUGAAGUAUUCAUUAUUUACCACCUUUUUGUAUUUGUAGUUACCAACUCACCAUACAUAUAUCUGUCCCUUUCCAAUAACUAUUUUAAAUAAAAAUAUGAGGAACCCCACUUAAAUUGCGUUUAGGGUUUCAGGAACCAUAUUGGUGUUCAGAUAAGUUCGUGGGUGAUCUGAUAUGUUGUGAGAAGAUACAAUUGCACACUGAUUACUUUUGAACAAAACUAACCUGUUUUUGUUGGUUUGUGCGUGACUAUGUGGCGUGUGCAGCAGAUGAAGCACACCUCCACAACAACCAGGAUCAGAACAUGUUGAAAUAAGCACUUUUCCUUGGACUCCCGAAUCAGUUUCCUUUUCUAACAGUUAAAGAGACAGAAUUCAUACUUUUUCGCCUUGCCUUUUGCGCUCUUAGUGAUGAAUCGACACCGUAAAACAGCAUUAUUUAUCUGCAUUUUUGCUUACAUAUUGGAAGGUACCCCCCUGUGGUUAACUAGCAAUACCAUCUUUUUGAUUUUUAUUUUGUGUUGAAAUUGUGCAGUGAAUAUUUUUGGACAUCUUGAAGAUGGCCCAAAUUAAUAUCCAUUGUCAUAUUUGCCCAAGUUUACUUUUGUAUGUUUACAGCCUAAAUUUUUUUUGGGGGGGGGUUUAAACUACAGUUUUGCCAAUUCGACACUUUCUGUUAAGCUUUAAAAUGUCACUCCAUGCUUACUGAUUUAACCUUGGUCUCAGAGCUGUAAAUUCGGUAAAAGGAAUGAAGUGCCCUCCUGCUGCUUGGUUCAAUAAUUGCACAUAUUUUUUGUGAUGACUGGAUGUCUUUCCCAAUAUUGAAUAAUAUGCUGAUGUAACUUUUGUACCCUGGCUUCAGGUGAAGUCAACUGUCGCUUGACAACUUUAAUGAAUUGCCUUUGACCACUAGCGGCAGUCGUCAUCUAUGAGACUACAAGCUUCUGUUAUCUGUCCUUUUUUAUUCAGGAUGUCAGGACCUUAUAAGCAUUCAAAUGGCUGCUCUUGGUGUACUGACUUAAUUCAGAAUUUGAUUGUACGACUUUAACAAUUCUCUAGCCUCUAAGCUGCCAUGUGGUUUCCAGCUUCUUGUGCCGAUAAAGAUGAGGAAAAUGCUUAUCAUAUCCCCGGCUUCAAUAAAACAAUGA